UGUUAUUUUAUCAACCUUAAGUCUUCUUGUGUUUUUUUUUUUUCCUUCCUUCCUUUACCUAUUUCAUUUUCUGUAUCGGUGUAUCGGGCUCGAGCGGUAUCAGUGUUUAUAAAGAAGAAGGAGGAAAUUUUUCGUAGUCGAUGCUAUAAGACCAACAAUCAUUGAACAAAGACAGAAAGAAGAUCAACACACAGCAUUUCCAUCACUUCAAAAUAUGUCAUCUAGAAACUACCGCAAUGAUGGACAGCACCAAGCUCAAAGAAGUACAAUGAAAAUCACUCGAGAUGGUCGACCAUUCACCAAGGACCUUCACGAUCUCUACUCAGCGCUUAUGAUACAAAUGCCAAUGGAUACUCAUAGGGUACUGUUUCGAUCAUAUCCUUGUACUUUCACGACGGAUGAAGCUAUAUCCAAUCUCGGCAACCUAAAAUUUUCACAUUCUCUUCGUUCACCGAAAGGCUCCAAAGAAUCUUCCAUCACAACGACCACAACUACUUUUAGUAUGACACGAGAGAUGGCCAAGACACUUCUCACACAAUUCCUGGAAGCUCGACUCUUCAUGAACGCGUCUGAUCCUAGCAAUCGAACGCUCAAGGACAGGGGGGUGUGGCAAGUCACACCAAAGGGGCUCUGCAUGCUGGAAGGUUUUGUCGAUAGGAGUGUAGUCGAUGGAUCACACUUGAACUUACUUUAUGCGCAUGUACGGCCAAUCAAAGUCAUACAAUUGGAAAGAGCUCCCUUAGAUGAUGCUUUGAUGUUGUCAAGAGCAUCACUGACAAGAAUUAUCAAGACAAUGAUGGGGGUUGUCCCUAUUACCCCGUCGUCAUCUGCUGGAAACAUAUCUCUCCAUAGUUUUGGUGGAAACUGGAAACAAACAGAGGUUGAUUACAGGGGGAAUUAUGAUCACAGCUUUGCAGGAUUGAUAUUUAUGGAGUGGAUGACUGACUAUACGACGGUCAUAGACACAGCGGAGGCUGAAGCCAUAGGCAAUGAAUUGUUACUCUUUGGGUGGAUGGAACAAAUCGUCGAUGAAGUCGAUCGCAAAUUAGAAGACACUAGCGUAUUCAAAUCCACAAAAUAUGCUUUAUAUCGAUUAACUCAAACUGGUAAAAAUAUAGUUGGAUGGUCAACGGAAUCAACUCACCAGGUCACUGAUGCCAAGUCGACUCUGGUAACGAGUGCUGCUCUAAAUGCAAGGCAAGAAGCAGCCAGGCUACGAACGUCAUCGUCAGAUAUUUCUUCAGAGACAACUGAAGACGGAGAAGCAACUUUACAAGAAAUGCUCGCUAAUGACAAGCUCGCUAUGAUGACGGAAAAUCAACGGCCGCAAGCAGGGCUCAUGGAAUCGACAAGGGGGCCGUCACGAGCAGGAUCCACAGGGUCUUCUCAAAGCGGACAUUUCGAUAUGGCAGCAAUAGGUUUCUCAGGUGACCUUCAGCAAGUUCCUAAACGAACAAACACGAAUACAUCUCCUACGGGUAUACGACCAAAACAUGCAAGCAUCUCCGACAGAGGAAGAACAAUCGACCUAUCGAGCAAGCAUAGAAUGUCUUCUAGUGACACUCGAUCCAUUGCUUCAAGCAAUAGCCUGUCUUCUUUGAACGAUAUGGAGUAUCAAAUAAUCGACGGGAAAGACUCCAACCAUGCAAAACUUAGACAAAUAUUGGAAGACCCUCAUAUUAGGCACCUCUUUCGUGAGCAUCUCAAGGCUAAUUUCUGUGAGGAGAACAUAUGCUUUUGGAUGGAUUAUCAUUCCAUGCGACGUAAUAUAAAGGGUUCAAUUACCAACCGAUCUCUGGAAACACAAAAGGAACUCAUCAUAGAAGGCUACCAGAUCUACUCUACGUAUGUAGCGCCAGGAUCAUCAAGAGAACUGAACAUUGAUCACAUACUGAGACAGGAAAUGGAUCAAUUUAUAUCGUCUAUAUCGACUAUUGUCACAUCCCCCUUCGUUGACGCCCCGUUUCAGAGUGCAGAAAACAAUACCGUCGUUCUGACUACCAGCAAUCCUGCCAAUUCACUGCGUACCCUUAUCAGACUGUUGGACAAAGUGGAUGAUCAUGUGUACAGACUCAUGGCUCAAGAUUCCGUUCCAAAGUUCAUUCGCUCUGACAAGUACAAAACGGCUGUCGGUGAGCUGGAAUCAUCCAAACGUGACUCAGGCAACGGAAUUGAAUCCAAGCCUGGAACGCCAGCUUCAAUUAUGUCAGAUGCCAUAGCCGCAGACAGGCAACACAAAGCAGAAUAUACCGCCAUGCGAUCCGCCAUGACUCCUGUGGUUAUACGAACCGAGUAAAGAAACCAUCAAAAAGAAAAAAAAAAAAACCUAGUUGUCACAAUACCUGUCUCUAUACCUGUUCUACAUGUGCGGUCUUCAGACCGCGGCAUUUGCAGUUUUCAUAAGCAAUUUCCUAUGCAGACACCCCAUGUAGCUAAUCCAGCUCAGCACUAAUUGUCGCGAGUAAGAACUACUCGAAAUAAAAAGCAUAAUUAGUCACCCUAUGCAAGCUAUGGCAAGUGGAAAA